CCAACAGAUUCAAAAUUCUGCUUCUAGGCGUAUCUGAAAAGACUAAACGAAAGUUUGUUUUGUAGUUUUAAUUUUGUCCUAUUUGCUUAAUUUCUACAGAUUUUUAAAGCAGUAGCUAUGGUACAAUGGACCUAAAACAUCGCUUUCUUUUCCUCUUGAUAUGGGGGACCAUUUUCGUGUGUCUUUCCUCAGGAGCCAAACUACCUUCUACCAAGCAAAAGUCGAAGAAUUCUCGAAAAAAGCUCGGUCAUAUGGCCUCUGCUCUAUUAAGUUUGAAGCCGGCAGACAGAGUGAAGUUUAGAAAACUGUGCCUUGAUAAAAAGAAAAUGUGCAAACCAGAUAUACUUAUCGGUAAAAACGCCACUUUACAUUGGAAGAGAGACAAUGUCGAAGACAUUGUUAAGCUUCGUUUUUGGAAUAUAUACCAGUGUACCUUUAAAAAGUCCCCAAAGUCUUGUCCAGUUGACGGCGGUUGGGCAGUGUGGUCCCGCUGGAACAGAUGCAGCAACAAUUGUGGUCCCGGAAAAAGGAGCAGGAACCGCUCCUGUGCCGAUCCUUCACCGCAGAACGGGGGGUUAUUUUGUCACGGUCGAUCAUUCGAGAAAAAAAGAUGCAUUGGCAACUGCAGGCUUAACAAAGGUUGGUUGAUCACGUAUGCUUGCAAAGAACAUAAAUUCUCAAUAGUCUACACCCUGUUGACACCUUUAGGAGUGGCUUACUUGAAGGGUCAUCGAGGAUUAUCUGAGAUUUUACUGGAUCUUCCAGGGAUUGACAUAGAUUUCAAGGAUGAAGGGGGGAAAACCUUAUUACUGAAUGAGGCUGCCAAAUGGGGAGAGAACCAGUAUAAGAACAUCUGUAAGCUGGUCAAGGACAAGGGAGCCAGCUGUACAGUAGUGGAUAAUGAUGGCAAUGGUGCGCUUCAUCUUAUAGCCAAGCAGACUCUGCCAUUUAAAGUAGAUGAGUCAGAAGCUGUGGUUCAAAACUGGAUAUCAGAUACUCUGAAAGUGGUGGAAUUACUUCUAGAAAAUGGCUGUGAAGUCAAUGCAGAGAAUGACAAGACCACACCUAUCAUGCUGGCCAUCAAACAGCUCCAGCAUGCACCUGCUGAUGUCAAGUCUCAUCCUUUGAUUACUAGGAACCUGCAGCUGAUCAAGCUGUUGCUGAGCAAGAUGGCUGAAGUCCCAGACCAAGAAGAUCUUUUUGGAGAGAACAUCCUUCACAUGAUUGCUGAGCAUUGUGUCAUGAAGCCAGUGGGAAUGGAGCUCCUGGACCUCCUGCUGGAUAUGGAAAAAAUUGAAAAUAAGAAGAGUGGUGAGUCAAGCAGCAAGCUUCAAGACAUGGCCAGGGUCCGUAGUGGAGCUAAUAUCACUCCCCUAAUGGCUGCAGGGUUUGUCUACAAGUCAUCCUCCUAUACCACAAUAGAUGAAAAACAUCCUCGAGAACUUAUUGAAGGAAUUUGGGUAACUGGCAGAGCUUUCAUCAAGAAGCUCAUUGAUGUAUUCAACAGUGAAGUUGAGUACAGUUUUGAGGAAAAGAAUGGAGACAAGAUAACAAUAAUCCACAAAAGUCUUAUGUUCUACAUGGUGGACAGCAAUGAGAUUGGAAUGACAGUGGACGGGGAAUAUAAACGCUACCCAGGACUUGAGAUGAUCCUGAAGUACAAUCCAACCAUAGACCUGCCAACCAAAGAACAGCAGACGGCUCUCAUGGUGUCAGUUAUUAAUGAUGAUUAUAUUGCUGCAGACCUACUGGUAUUAUUUUUUUAA